AUGAUCCCUGCCAUCAGUCCCCACACUGUCAUGAUCCCUGCCAUCAGUCCCCACACUGUCAUGAUGCCUGCCAUCAGUCCCCACACUGUCAUGAUCCCUUCCAUCAGUCCCCUCACUGUCAUGAUACCUGCCAUCAGUCCCCACACUGUCAUGAUCCCUGCAAUCAGUCCCCACACUGUCAUGAUCCCUUCCAUCAGUCCCCUCACUGUCAUGAUCCCUUCCAUCAGUCCCCUCACUGUCAUGAUCCCUGCCAUCAGUCCCCACACUGUCAUGAUCCCUGCAAUCAGUCCCCACACUGUCAUGAUCCCUUCCAUCAGUCCCCACACUGUCAUGACUAUGAUGCAUGCAUUAGUACGCCCAACAAUGAUCGUGACCCCAGUUAUCGUUUUCUGA